AUGGAGCCCGUGGUAUAUGAGGAGACCCCGUUCGCCGACUACCUCAGAGAUGAGGGAGAUGAGCCCCAGGCCGACUGGGCGCCAGGUGUCAUAACACCCGAACAUACAUCAUCCGCUGGUCGAUCCAGCCCGUCACCACCAUCCAGUCCGUCUCCGUUCGCACCUACUGGUCGACCUUUAGUCAAACCGAGAUUCCGGAACAAAGCUCCAAAUGCGCUUCAACUUCAAGUUCCCGAGCAAGCUUCCUUGCGAUCUGCCAGUGGGACAUAUUCAGCCGUGGUAGCAGCGAGUAUCGACCGAGCCGAUAAUGCCAAGUUCCUCGAACAAUUCCGAUACACGAUUAUUGCGUCCCAGCUCCUCAGCGGCCACUCGGGGCUAGGACAAUCGCAUCUCGGCAACAAUGCGCCAAUUUCACUCACAGCAGAGGACGGAUCACUCCUAUCUACAGAAGGCUUCGUCGCGUCGAUUCUUGCCGCCCUUGCCGUUGCGGUAAUUCUGAGCUGGGUUCUCGGAAGCGGAGUGACCAAGAAGAGGCUUGUAUUUCUCGUCCUAUUAUGCGCAGCGGCAGUCCUGCUAGGCCAGGUUUAUAUGAAGCGUCAAUGGUUGCGUUAUCGAAGAUCGCAAUCGCUUUCCGAAAUUACCUCUUUCAUCGAACAUUCACACAAUUUUGAUAGCGUGUCAGGAGCUGCCCUGUCUCUUAUACAAGAGGUAGAGCUGGUUUCACGUGGCUACCGACUCAGCGCUCCUCUCCCACCAAUUAGCCGCAUGGAAGAUCGUACACAGACUCGAAGAUGUGUCAGACUCCGUAAAGCACUGAGGCAUUCUUUUGCUGAAGUUCUAGAGUCCUACAACCAAGUUUGCACGAUUGUUAGCGGAUUUGCGGAACAAACAGACCUGGAACAAUACUAUGAUAUAUACGAUAUCACCGAUUUCGACAUGUCAGACGCCCGCCGAGGACUUACCGAAGAAGACUUGGAAGACCCUGAAUCAUUACGAACCCUGAAGAUUCUCGGCGCUCGUUUCUUCACAAUUCGCAAGUUGUUCCUUUGCGCUCUUCUCGCUCUAGAUGCCAAUAGCGAUGCCAAUGAGCUGCUUCGUUGGACAACAGCUGUAGAGUCCCUCUUGACCUUGAAUCGCUCGACUCAAGCUGCACAAGCUAGAUUACACAGUAUAUUGAGUGAGGAAGAGACGUUUCCAGCUCCUCCGACGCCAAGCAAUGUCCUAACACCUGGACGCGAACGCUGGCGAGCUCAACUCCGAAAAUUGAAUUCACUUUCGAGUGGAAUCAGAGGGCUCCAAGCGAAGCUACAGUUACUUCGCGAAGAGUCAGAUAGGACUUUGAAUGACUCGAACGACAUUUCGGAACUUGGCCCAAAUCUUAUGGCGCAAUACGAGUCCAUUGGCAUGGAUCUAAAGGACUUGAUGGGCGCAUGGGAAGAGGGCAGAGCAGCUUUGGCACUCGGUAUCGAUAGGAACGAGAAGAGGCUCUCGUCCAUGAGCACCUUGUUGUCGCCAGUGAGCUCACUUAGUGGUCUUACUACUGUUGAUGAGAAUGGCGGAACUGCUGCUGCACUCAAGGCUUUGACAGGCGAGUCACCGCCAAGCUCUGACUAUGCUUAUUCCGCGGAACAUGACUCGCCUGAAGUAUUCGAGGCCGUCGCUCUACCGAGGCCAAGAAGCAUGCUCACACGGGAAGAACGAAUAAUCAAGGUCCGGGAAGACCGAGAACAGAAGGCUCUAGCCCGGCAACAUGUCGAUGCAACCAAGGGCAUGCUUCGGGAACUAGAGACUGUUAUCAACCUGCGACCUCGAACUCGUGCAAGCGCACCUGCUGGACGAAUCGUGUCCAUGUAA